CUAGGGUGCGGAUACAAAGGAAGAGCGGCUGCCGGGGAGGGGAGGGAGCCCCCCAAACCCUGCGACUCUGCAGAUUCCUCUCGGAGGGAUGGAGCGCCUCUCAGUCGUGAGAGGCCUCUGAAAAGGAUCAUCUACUGGCGGAGGCCGCGCCUGUCCCUGUUUGCUGAGGCUCAUGGGAAAUGUAGUCCGAAGGGAGGGGGCGCUGCCUUCGGAGCAGACGUGUGAUUGGCCAGGGCGGCGUCGCCAGGGCAACGCGCGAGGGGCUGACCGCUGGGUCCGGGGAGAGGCGGGCGGGACCGCGUGGGACCACUUACCCGAAGUGGCCUCGGGUGGCCGAGGUCCCCCUUGGUGGCUCCAAGAAGACUCCCGGCACAACAAUGCCAUCCCCACUGGGCCCCCCGAGUCUGCCCUCUGUGGACCCCGAGGCCACCCUGGAGGAUCCUGAGGCAGCACGCCAGCGCUUCCGGGGCUUCUGCUACCAGGAGGUGGCCGGUCCCCGCGAGGCGCUGGCCCGGCUCCGGGAGCUCUGCCGCCAGUGGCUGCGGCCCGAGGUGCACUCCAAGGAGCAAAUGCUGGAGCUGCUGGUGCUGGAGCAGUUCCUGGGCGCGCUGCCCCCCGAGAUCCAGGCCUGGGUGCGGGGCCAGCAGCCAGGCAGCCCUGAGGAGGCCGCUGUCCUGGUCGAGGGCCUGCAGCAUGACCCUGGGCAGCUGCUGAGCUGGAUUACAGCACAUGUCCUGAAGCAAGCGGUGCUCCCGGCCACACAGAAGGCAGAGGAGUCUGUGGGGAGCUCCCACCCUUCAGGGACAGUGGAGCCCCUAAGGGCAGCCUCUGGGGAGGGGUCCAAGGAUGCCCAGAUGGAGGGGAACGCCCAGCUCAGCUGCAGUGUGAAGGAGGAGCCUGAUGGCUACGGGCAGGAGACGGCACCGUCCAGCCCCCCACAUCCAGGCCGGUCCCAUGAGGGGCCCGCUGAACAACAGGAACCGACCUCCGUGCCCUUCCAACCACCCGGGAUUCAGGAAGAAUGGGGGCUCCUGGACCCGUCACAGAAGGAGGUGUACUGGGACGCGAUGCUGCAGAAGUAUGGCACGGUGGUCUCCCUGGGUGAGGACCCCUCUCCUCCGGGUCCUUGCGCGCACCUUGCCUCCCGGCGCUUCCCAAGCCGCACCCUGGCCACCCGCCGGGACCCCCACCCCUGUCCCUCAUUUGUGCGAAUCCCUCACGCCCCCGUGCCAGGGCUCGCGCCUGAUGGGCCCCCGACCCCAGCAGGGUUGCCGUGCCCCCUGCCGGAGGCGCGCACUGAGCCGGAGCCGGAGGCGCUGAGCACCGGAUCCGAGGGAGCGAGAAGCCUCCGCCCAGGUGAGUGGCCUCCCGCUCUCCGGUGGCGACGGGGGCGGGGAGCGGGGAGCCCAGGCCGCCCCGCGCCUGGGGGGCUGCGGGCGGAGUCACCAGGCGACCUGGCUCUGCCCCCGCCCCCAGGAGGUGAGAGCGAGAGCUCCCGAGAGGGCCGGCCCGGCUGCCCGGAGGCCCCGCCGCCCGCGCGGGGCAAGCCCUACACGUGCGCGCAGUGCGGCCGCACCUUCGAUUGGAAGUCGGUGUUCGUCAUUCACCGCCGCGCGCACGCGGGCGGCCCGGGCGCCGAGAAGCAGCCGGUGGGGCCGCCCCGGCGCGCGCUCCCGGGCCCGCGCAGCUACGCCUGCGAGGAGUGCGGCCGCAGCUUCAGCUGGAAGUCGCAGCUGGUCAUCCACCGCAAGGGCCACGCCGGCCAGCGGCGCCACUUCUGCGGCGACUGCGGCCACAGCUUCGACUGGAAGUCCCAGCUGGUCAUCCACCGCAAGAGCCACCGGCCCGAGGCCCCGUGAGCGCUGGAGGGGCAGCCUCGCCGGGGCCCCGGGCCCAGCCCGCCCCUGCUACUGCACUCCGCCGCAGCCUGGAGAGCUGGAGGCCGCCCAGGGCAGAAGUCAGAGUCCCAGGAGGGACCCCCGUCCUCGCUCAGUCUCCCCCAAAAGCCGCGGCUCCCUCCUCUCCUGUCUCGCCCACCCCACCUUUCAGAGAGAGAGGCCUGGGCUCCAGUGCACCGCCGCACGGGACCAGCGGCGGCCGGGUGACUUCCAAACCCCUCCUGUGACAUGCUGCAGGCCGGUGCAGAAAGCCCAGGAGAGCACAGCCUGCUUCUGUUUGCAGGCAGGUGGAAGGCUAAAGUCUGUCCACUGUGCGUUUCAGAUUUUUAACAAAUUCCAGUUUUAUCCCGGAGAAGCUUCUGCGUAAGAAUCCUGAGCUCUGGUCUCUGGUGGUCAGAUCAGCAGCCCCUGCCCUUCCUGCCCGGCAGCUGGAGCUUCAGAGCUGCCUGCCCACGAGCAGGGUCGGUGUCCGGCUUACCUGUUCCUCGGCCACACACAUCACUCCCUGGCCUUGUCCUUCCAGCUGUCGAGUCCCAGCCUGAACGGACGUGAAGGGAACUUCUUUCCAAGUAUGGAUGGACAAGCAUGGUGUCUGAGAACAGAUGUCACUUAGGCCAUGCAUGCUGGCAGAUCAGUGAGGCACAGAGCAGGAGGGCGGACGAUCAGCUGCCUGCCGCCCACGGCAGUCCGUCUGUGGGCAUUCAAGACUUUGGCCAUUGUCCUGUAGUACUUUCCUACUGUUGCUCUAACGAACUCGGUGGCUUGAAACAACACAAAACGUACUCUCUUGGGACUCUGAAUUGGGUCUCACUGGGCCCAAUCAAGGUGUCAGCAAGGCUGGUUCCUCCUGAAGGCUCUAAGGGGGGAAUCCACUUUAAGGCUUUUUCUAGCUUGUAGAGGCCGCUGCAUUCCUCGGUGGUGGCCCCUUCCUCCAUCUUCAAAGCCAGCAGUGGAUGGUUAAGUCUUAUGCUGCCUCCCCCUUGUAAGGACCCUCAGGGUUACAUCUACGGCUCCCCUGGUCACCCGUGAUGAUCUCCCCAUCUCAGGGUCACAUCUCAUCCAUGCCCCACCUACACACCUGAUCUCAUCUGCAAAAUCCCUUCUGCAUGUGAGACAACAUUCACAGGUUCCAGGGGUUAGGACAUGGAUGUCUUUGGGGACUGUCAUUCCGCACCCUUCUCUGUCACCUUUCUGCUCUGAAAACAAGGGACAUUUUCGUGGGAGGUGGUUUCAGGGAAACAGGUGCACCCACAGAAGGAGCCCUCUGCAGCCUCAGGCUCAUGCAGGGGUGGCAGGUGGGUGUUGAGUGUGGCUGUGACCAUGGUUACUAGCAGAGGUGGGGUGGACACCUGGGCUGCGUGGGGGGGGGGGGGGACCUUGCUGCAGCCUGAAACUGGGACGGAGAGGCCUCCUUCUGGAGGACCGUCUCCUCCAUCCCCAGUCUUCUGAGGACCUUUGACCUGUCGACCACACUCAGGCCUGGGGAAGCAGAGCCAGGCUGGAGAUGGAACUGGGCACUGGUGAUCUUGUUACCGAGUCCAAGCUUGUACUGCUGGCCGCACCACAGGCCAAUAAAUUGAGAGCCGAGUUGUUGAGGCGAGGAAUAGUGACUUUAUUCAGAAAGCCAGCAGACUCGGGACUUCCCUGGUGGCGCAGUGGUAAGAAUCCGCCUGCCAACGCAGGGGACACGGGUUCGAUCCCUGGUCUGGGAAGAUCCCACGUGCCUCGGAGCAACUAAGCCCAUGCGCCACAACUACUGAGCCUGCGCUCUAGAGCCCGAGAGCCACAACUACUGAAGCCCGCAUACCUAGAGCCUGUGCUCUGCAACAAGAAAAGCCACCGCAAUGAGAAGCCUGCUGCAACUGGAGAGAAAGCCCGCGUGCAGCAAUGAAGAUCCAACGCAGCCAAAAAUUAAUUAAUUAAAAAAGAAAGUGCUUUAAAAAAAUAGAAAGCCAACAGACCAAGAAGGUGGUCACUCGUGCCCCAAAGAACCAUCUUGCCUGAGUUAAAAUUCAGGUUUCUUUCAUACUGAAGGGGGAGGGAGUAAAGUCAAACAUUUCCUGGCUCAGGUCAGCCCCGGGAGGGGAUGUGUUCAUUUCUUCUCCCUGCAGUCAUUCACAGGGGGGCCUGGUCAGGAGGUUUCCUGGGAGCUGAACAAAGGUAUUUUAGCUUAAUGCCCAUUAUACCUGGGAGGCAGGGCUCCCAGAAAUGGGCCAUUGUGUAUAUUGAAGCUGAAAGGCAACAUCCCUCCGGUGACUAUCUUGUAACAGAAUACAAAGGUGCUUCCCUGUUACAAUCUGGUUGGCAAGCAGGAAGCUUCAACCAUGCCAGGGACGCGGUGGAAGAGGACAGCAGGGCCCGAGCGCUCAGGCCAGGCCGAGGGCCCAACGUCGGGACCGCCAGGUGCUGAGGGAGAGCGGUGGGCAAUCUUCUAAUGCAAUUUUCCAUAUUUAAAAGUAGUUUACGUUCACUUAGAGAAAUCUGAAAUAUACAAGAGGGCAAAGGAGAUCUCAGAAACGACCCCUAAUGCUGCUGUCUUAUUCUCAGUGUUCACCCGCGGGGGUUUGUGUCACACAGCUUGUGAAGCUACUGUACGUUGUGAAUCGUGCUCUUCCCACGCAGCUCCCUGUGUUAUUAAAAAUGCCUGGGUGGAAAUCCCGUCUUCUGGCCGGCAGUGUUGUUCCCACCAAGCCCAGAUAGUUCCUUGCUUCCCGCCCCCCUUAGCACCCAGUGCUGUGGUGGCCGCACCUGAGCAGACGCCCCAGAUGCAACCUAGCUGUUUCCUCAAUACAGACACCCCCCAAAGUGGAAGCGGUGAGUUUUCGGGAGCAUGGGAUUUCUGUUCUUGUUUUUUCCUUUUUGUUUUUGUCUUAUAACAAAACAUUAUUUUUUUAAAUUAAUUAAUUAAUUUAUUUAUUUUUGGCUGUGUUGGGUCUUCGUUUCUGUGUGAGGGCUUUCUCUAGUUGUGGCGAGCGGGGGCCACUCCUCAUCACGGUGCGCGGGCCUCUCACUGUCGCGGCCUCUCUUGUUGCGGAGCACAGGCUCCAGAUGCGCAGGCUCAGUAGUUGUGGCUCACGGGCCCAGCUGCUCCGUGGCAUGUGGGAUCUUCCCAGACCAGGGCUCGAACCCGUGUCCCCUGCAUUGGCAGGCAGAUUCUCAACCACUGUGCCACCAGGGAAGUCCCCAAAACAUUAUUUUAUAGUUCUGGAGGUCAGGAGUCAGGCACAGCCUCACUAAGCUAAGCUCCAGGUGCGGCAAGGUUGAGUUCCUUCUGUGAACUCUGGGAGAACCCAUCCCGUGUGCUCGACUUUUCCACCCUAGAGAUGGCCUGCGAGCCGGGCUUACGGCCCUUCCCCACCUUCUGAGCCAGCGGUGGCCAGUCGGCUCUCUCCCACAGGGCGUCACCCUGCUACUGUCCUCUGCCUCCCCUUCCACCUCUGAGGGUUCUCGUGGUGACACUGGGCCCACCAGGAUCAUCCAGAACCAUCUCCCCACCUCAGGGUCAGCUGAUGGGCCAUGGGAGGGGUUUUUGCUUUUAUUUAUUUAUUUAUUUAUUUUUGGCUGCGUUGGGUCUUCAUUGCUGUGCGCGGCUUUCUCUAGUUGCGGUGAGCGGGGGCUACUCUUCGUUGCAGUGCGCGGGCUUCUCAUUGCAGUGGCUUCUUUCGUUGUGGAGCACGGUCUCUAGGCGCACGGGCUUCAGUAGUUGCGGCACGCGGGCUCAGUAGUUGUGGUGCGCGGGCUUAGUUGCUCCGUGGCAUGUGGGAUCUUCCCGGACCAGGGAUCGAACCCGUGUCCCCUGCGUUGGCAGGCGGAUUCUCAACCACUGCGCCACCAGGGAAGCCCUGGGCCAUGGGAAUUUUAAAUUCUCAUGGAUACGUCCAUGUCUUCUGGAAACGUGGGGCCCGCCUGUCUGCCUUCCCUCCAGAAGGGCUCCCUGGCAGCUAGAACGCCCUGGACUCCCGUUCUCUACCAUCUUCUCCAUCCUGCAGGCAGAACCCAAGAGCACUGUGUCUCCGUGGAUGCCAGGCAGGCUGCACCCUCCUCCCCACAGCCGCUCACGUGGCUCUCCUCUCCCGGGGACCACACCGUUGGUCACGUCUUCAUGCAUCUGAUCUGACUUCUGAAUUUUCACGUAGUCAGAUCCAUCACUGUCCUCAUCUUCCGUCGCUUUUCUUUGUUGUUGUUGUUGUUAAAUAUUUCUUUAUUUGGC